UUAGCAUUGCGCCUAAAAGCCUUACCGCCAGUCUAAAGAGGAUCACUGAAAAACUUGUAACUUUCCUUCAAGAAGAAACAUUUUCUUUGUCCCAAAACAGUGGACUGAUAGACACAGCCAAACCAAGACUUCUUCAAGAAACAGAUGGUUUCAUCUUUAUCGCUAAGACAUUGUGUUUUCCAUUAAAUAUACCGUACAGUGAGUUGCCAUCUGAUAUCCACUGCGACAUUGUCUUGAUGCUCCCUUCUCAACCAGCAUUUGUGCUGACUGUAGUCGAUCACGACACCACAGAAGCAAGGAAAUACAACGUCAGUGUUGCUAGAGGGCUGAUCACCUCCCUCAAUAGGUUCACUGACGAUGACUUUUCAGCUGUGUUUGGUGUUGUGUGCAAGUCUCAUCUUGACUCAUGGGAUACAUUUCAAUCCAAGUUGAAGACGCUUGCGCAUUCAUGUAGCAGAUUUGUUACCUUUGACUCCCUUUACAUUUCAGAAGGCAAAUAUGAUAAACUCAUUACUUCUUUUUGGGCUUCAGUUGCCAAAGUAGAGCCUGGCGAUCAGUUUCCCGACGCAGAAAGGAUUAAUUUCCUAACAAAAGAACAAUGCACAGUGUUGUUAGAAAAUAUGAAUUCCAAAUAUGUGUUUGUGUUGACGCUUCCAAAGUGUGGUGGAACUACUCUGAUGUUGGAAGUUGCUAGAAGACUUCAAAACUUUCUACCAACCUAUCUCAUAGUCAAAUCAGUGGAAGACAAGUCCAAGUACAGAUGUUCGUGUAAGAGUGUUUCAACUACAUUGAUUUCUGAAAGUCCUGCCAUUACACAUGUCUUGGACAACAACUGCGAGUCCGAGAGAGCCGCUGUCACAGAAUCAAUUCUACCUUUGCAUGAUGACCAAACCAUCAAAAUUACGUGGACCUUCUGUUCGGACUUCAUCAGGCCGCAAAUUAUGGAUGAGAUACUUGACUUGUUUGGAUCAUACCGGCAUGUGCUUCUUGUUGGGUCAGCUGGUGAAGGAAAAUCAGUCACGGGCCUUCUUCUUCUUGAGCACUUCAGGUCAAGGGGAAUACGUGUACUACAUGCAACAAGUGCCGCGAAAAUGAUGAGUGCUGUUCAAAACGCUGAAGAAACUUUCAUCUUUUGCGAUGACGUGUUUGGGAAAUUCAGAUGGGGCAAUCAUUCUGCAUUGGAGUACAUUAUAAGCAGUUUGAAACUGACUUCACGGGAUAUUGAUGACAUCACUGAAGAUGGGUUGCCAUGCCUAAUUGUAGCAGCCAAUCAGAAUAACGUUGAAGUGUGUAAAGUGCUAAUCAAACACGACGUGGAAGUAUACAUCGCAGAUCCACGUAUGGGAGCAAAUGCACUUCAUUGGGCUGCUGCAGCUGGUCACUACGAUGGUGUGGAGGUGCUGUCAAGACACAUAUCACUUGAACGUGAAAGCAAUGGGGGAGUUACGCCUUUAUUUGUGGCUGCAGAAAAUGGUCACCUGGGUGUGUUUAAACUUCUCCUCCGAAAGGGUGCAGUUAUCAAUAAAAAGAUAAAAAGCAGGAUUGUGUCAUUAACAAAUCCUAGAAACGAAGGCCGUGCAUUGGUUAAACAACUAAAUGUAUCAGAUGAAGGUUUUACACCUCUUCAUGUGGCAAGCUAUGAAGGACAUUUGGACAUAGUAGAACUAUUGAUAACUGAAGGGGCUGAUGCCAAUUUGAAGGCUGAUUUAGGACCUCCGGUAGCCUUUGCUGCAAAAGCAAAUGAUAUGUGCAUCUUUCGUCUGUUUCUCAGUGAUGACAGAGUAGCUUUCAGUGACGUUAUCUCUGCAGCAUAUGAAUAUGGUCGUACUGCAAUGCUGAAAGAGGCUGUCCUACAUAAACGGUCCAAAGCUAAUGACAUUAUAAAAGCAACUUUGCAGGGAAAUCUUGAAACUGUGAAGGAAUUACUUGAGGAGUCUGAGGAAGGCUUAAGCUCACAUAUCGAAGGAUACUCACUUCUUCAUCUAGCAGCAGCUUUAAACCAUGGAGAUAUUGUGGAUGAGCUCCUACAAAGAAAGAUUGAAGUGAACAAAUCUUCUGAAGGUGGAUUCACAGCUUUGCACGGAGCAUCUAUUACUGGCUCUUCUUCGGUUGUUGAAAGUCUCAUCAGAAGGGAAGCUGAUGUUGACCAGCUUGCUAAUGGUUUUGGUCCUCUUCACUUUGCAUCGAUGUAUGGAAACACAAAUACAGCCAGGUUUCUGAUACAACAUCAAGCAAAUAUCCAUCUGAAAGGUUAUCAUCAGUGGAGCCCACUACACGUUGCAAGCAUCCACAAUCAACCCGACCUUGUUCGGCUUUUGCUGGAGAACAAUGCUGACGUGGAAGCUUUGUCUGAAGAUCUCUCAACACCUCUUCUAUUUGCUUCAUACCUGAACAAUAUGGACAUAGCAGAUAUAUUGUUAGAUCAUGGAGCUGACUUGCAUCCCAGAGGUAUGUCAUACCACCCACUUCUAGGUACUGCUCUCUUGGGCCACCCUGAAGCUGUGAACAAUUUGUUGCAGAGAGGCGCAAAAGUGAAUCAUGUCAGUGCAGUUGGUGUAAGUGCUUUGCAUGGAGCUGCAUAUAUGGGGGCAAUGGAUGUGCUCGAGUGUCUUCUUGAGAAUGAAGCAGAUCCAAACCUGAAACUGUUUGAAGGGAUAUCACCUGAGGAGAAAUCUAAAAUUGCAAGUCAUGUGGAGCAAUGGUGCAAAAGCACUCCCGGGAAGGAUAUCAAUUUGAGAAGGUAUGAUGGUGGUUCUGCACUACAUAUGGCUGUUGACAUGGGUUACACAGACAUGGUGGGACUUCUGUUGAAAUCGGGCGCUGAUCCGAAUCUCAGGAACAUGAACAAUGAAACAGCAAUAGAUAUUGCGAGGGAGAAGAAGCACAGUGGCAUCUUGAGACUACUAGAAUCGUCCUAA